ACAACCCCGCCCACAUCCGCUGUUGGCGCCGCGGUGUGUGCGCCCGUGCCCAUUGCCUCGUCCUUUGCAGCACAAUCAGCGCCAUCGUCGGCGUCGUCGCUGUCGUCUGCAUCGUCAAGUGCAUGGGGCCACGCAGACAACAACAACACCACCACCACCACCACCACCACCACCAACACCCCCACCACGACAACGACGACGAUGACAACAAUGACAAUGACGGCCAUCACACCCACCGGCAGCAAAGGGAGAGGGAAAGGGCAUCGGUUCAGCAACACUGUGUGGGCGCAGCAUGGACAGGGCAGCCUGUUGCAAAGUGUGUACGUCCCUGUGGCCAGCGUGCCGACGGCUCACCUUGGGAGCAAUGGCAGUACCGCGAGCGCGCACGGUAUGGCGGCGAUUGGGUUCCCGAUGUUUGGCAGCGGCGGGUUGAGGAGUGGCCGCACCAGCGAGGGAGCAGCGAGCGACAGCCAACAGCAGGCCACCUGUAUCUGCCACAAGUGUGGCAAAGGCGGCAAACGUCUCCACAGAUGCAUCACGUGCGAGAAGCAGUUUCAUCGCGACUGCGCGGAGCCGCCAAUCCGUGGCCGUGCAGCCCAUCACCGCUGCCAACGCUGCCGUGACAUCAAGACGAAGCAGUGGGCGAAGAAAUCGUCCCCGUUCGAUAUCUUGGACUGGCUCACAGCUGCACACACGGUCGAGAUUGCUGGUGAGCACAUGAUUGUGCACCCCAUGUAUUCGCAGCAGUUCCACGAGCGUGCAAAGUGCUGGCGGCUCGGACACAUGUCGAGAUCAUAG